AUGUCCCGUUGCAGUGUCUGGGUCGGCAUCCUGCUGUUGGAACUUUUUUCACCGGGCUCUUUCUUUGCUGAAACUAUCUCGGACCCGAAAGCGGCCGAGCGGCUCGGCAACCACAGCCAUCGCUGGAGCUCGGUCACCUCCAACCAGCCGGAGAGCAAAGCCAUCCAGCCGGAGGCGGAGGGGAAUCAGAGUGUCAGCACAGACAGGCUGAAGGUCUUCUCCCUGGACUAUCAUCACAUCCAGGUCCCGUUUGAAAUUACACUAUGGAUCAUGUUAGCAUCGCUGGCAAAGAUAGGAUUUCAUCUGUACAUCAAACUACCCUCGAUCGUACCCGAAAGCUGCCUGCUUAUAAUAGUGGGCCUGAUAAUGGGAGGAAUAAUCUAUGGAGUGAAUGAGAGAUCUGCACCAGUUAUGAGCACCGAUGCCUUUUUUCUCUACCUGCUGCCACCAAUUGUACUGGAUGCAGGCUACUUCAUGCCUAGCCGGCCCUUCUUUGAGAACAUUGGGACAAUCCUUUGGUACGCGGUGGUGGGCACCAUGUGGAACGUUUUUGGAAUUGGCUUGUCCCUUUACGGAAUUUGCCAGAUUGAAUCCUUCGGCCUAAAGGACAUUUCCCUGCUCUACAACCUGCUGUUCGGCAGCUUGAUCGCUGCUGUGGAUCCAGUGGCGGUCCUGUCCGUGUUUGAGGAGAUUCAUGUGAAUGAGCAGCUGCACAUCCUGGUUUUUGGUGAAUCGCUUCUCAAUGAUGCUGUCACUGUGGUCUUGUACAAGCUGUUUAAGACUUUCUGCACCAUGUCCUCAGUUGGAGUGUCAGAUAUUUUGGUGGGAAUUUUUAAGUUCUUUCUGGUUGGAUUCGGUGGUUUACUCGUGGGCAUUACCUAUGGAAUCAUUGCAGCCCUCACGACUCGCUUCACAGAGAAUAUCCGUGUGAUCGAACCUCUCUUUGUAUUCCUGUACAGCUAUUUGUCGUAUCUGACUGCCGAAAUGUUCCAGUUCUCUGGCAUUGUGGCAAUCAUUGCCUGCUCCAUGAGUAUGAAACGUUAUGUGGAGGCUAAUAUCUCUCAGAAGUCUCACACUACAAUCAAAUACUUCAUGAAGAUGUGGAGCAGUGUGAGUGAGACCCUCAUCUUUAUUUUCCUCGGUGUUUCCACUAUUGGGGACAAGCACGAAUGGAGUUGGCCCUAUGUAUGUUUCACAAUGAUAUUUUGCCUUGUCUGGAGAGCAGUUGGUGUCAUUUUCCUGACAUUUAUCGUGAAUAAAUUCCGUGUGAAUGUUGUAACGAGAAAGGAUCAGUUCAUCAUUGCUUAUGGUGGUUUGCGAGGGGCAAUCUGUUUCUCCCUUGUUUUCUUGCUUCCAGAUUUCCCUCAGAAAAAACUGUUUACCACAGCCACUAUAGUGGUCAUCUUUUUUACAGUCUUUGUUCAGGGAAUGACAAUUAAACCACUUGUGGAGUUAUUAGAAGUGAAACGAACAAGUCAGGCACCUCCGACUGUAAGUGAACAGAUUCACAUUCGGUUCUUGGAUCACUUGCUGGCUGGCAUUGAAGAUAUCUGUGGGCAUUGGGGCCAGUAUUACUGGAAAGACAGGUUUGAGAACUUCAACAAUAAAUAUCUGAACAAAAUUUUCAUCAGAGAGCAGCAUUUGUCCAAAUCCAGCAUUGUUGUUUUAUACCAGAAACUGGAGAAAAAGCAUGCCAUUGAACUGGCAGAGGCAGGCCAGCUGAUCGGGGCACCAUCUCUCGCUUCUCUGCAUGAUGAACAAAAUGCUGAAGUUUCCAAAAGUCCAGUUCCUUCAGAACAAUUGGAUAACAUCCAGGAGCUCUUGAUUAGAAACCUUUAUCGAAUAAGGCAAACGACACAGUCUUACAACAGACAUACUCUGCCGCAAGGAAAACAUUCGAAUCAAGCAAAAGAAAUUUUUCUGCGUCGUCAGGAAAGUUUGCUCAAAGAUGAUGGUGUAAUGAAUCUAAUACAGAGGAGAUCCAUUUGUGUUGACGGCCAGUCACAGAAGAAAGGCAAACUAGCCCGAAGUCUCACAGUUGGAGGAUAUGGAGGCAACAAAAACAACGCAGAGAACCAAUCUCCAAAGCUACCCAAGUCCAUGUCUGUCACUCCUCAACAACCUCACAGGACAGAAUGGAUUAAUGAGGAAGAACUUGAAGACCUACAGAGUUCUGAUGAAACAGACAUAAAUCAAAAAGGAGAGGACGAAUUGAAAAAAAAUGCUGAAAACAGAAAACCUGCGCAUAAAUUAAAGCUCAGGUUCGCUUCCCAGGAUACAAUCGAAAAUGGAUUGUAACAAACCGGCAAUAUGUGCAGAAUACCUAAUGCACCUCCAGUAAUUCUUUGAAGCAAUUAU